AAAAUAAAUCUCAUACACAGUACGUUGAUCGUGAACGCAACCCUCAGGAAGCAGUUAACGGCUGCGGCCGGAUGUUCUGUGAGAAGACAGGAACAACAAAGAAGGGAAAGUGUCCGGGUUUAAAACCUACUUCGGACCACGCCAGAGUACAAAAUCCAGGAAAUUAACAACUGUCCACAGUAGGGCAAAAGACUUUGGUGUGCAUGUGAGGACAAGUGUCAGCCAAGCCAACCAUGGCGAGCAAUGCAGAGGAUAUUGAGAACAAUAUGGAACAACAGGAGACCAAUACGGCCCCAGAACCCACUCAGCAACCCCAAGAGGCUGGAGGGACCAGAGUUCGUUCCAGGGGAGGCUCAGGAGCUGGAGGAGGUGGAGGCGAUGGUGGUGGGGGCGGCGGCGGCGGCGGCAGCAGCGGGCCGGAGCAGAACGGGCAGCCGCCCGCCGCUCGGCCUCCUCGUGUGGUGGAGACCGAGGACGAUGAGGACGAGGAGCUGACCUUGAAAUAUGGAGCCAAGCACGUCAUCAUGCUGUUCGUGCCCGUGACCCUCUGCAUGGUAGUCGUUGUGGCGACCAUAAAGUCUGUCAGCUUCUACACCCAGAAUGACGGGCAGAGAUUGAUCUACACACCCUUCCCUGAAGACACAGACACAGUAGCACAAAGAGCCCUCAACUCCAUCCUGAACGCCACCAUCAUGAUCACUGUGAUCAUCGUCAUGACUUUGGUGCUGGUGCUGUUAUACAAAUACCGUUGCUACAAGGUGAUCCAAGGCUGGCUCUUCCUCUCCUCCCUCCUCUUGCUGUUCUUCUUCUCCUACAUCUACCUCAAAGAGGUUUUCAAGACCUACAAUGUGGCAAUGGACUAUUUCACUUUGGCAAUAAUAAUUUGGAACUUCGGAGUGGUGGGCAUGAUGUGCAUUCACUGGAAAGGACCGCUGCGGCUCCAGCAGGCUUACCUCAUCAUGAUCAGCGCCCUCAUGGCCCUGGUUUUCAUCAAGUACCUGCCAGAGUGGACCGCCUGGCUCAUAUUAGCUGUCAUAUCUGUCUACGAUCUGUUAGCGGUGCUCUGUCCCAAAGGGCCUCUGAGGAUCCUGGUGGAGACGGCUCAGGAGAGGAACGAACCCAUCUUUCCAGCUCUCAUCUACUCUUCUACAAUGGUGUGGCUCGUCAACAUGGCAGACACCGACAGGCCAAAAAGGAACUCGAUAGAAGCAGCUUCACCUCAACCGGAGACUCAUGAAGCCGUGGCGUCUCCGGCUCCCUCCAGUCCGUCACAGGACGACGGAGGCUUCACCCCAUCCUGGAUCAGCCACCAGGAGCACCAGCUGGGAACACUCCAGUCAACUGAUGAUAGCAGACGUGAGAUCCAGCAGAUGCCCUCCGCUCGUCCUGUUGAAGACGACGACGAGGAGAGGGGCGUCAAGCUGGGGCUGGGAGACUUCAUCUUCUACAGCAUGCUGGUGGGAAAGGCCUCGGCUGCAGCCAGCGGCGACUGGAACACCACGCUCGCUUGCUUCGUAGCUAUCCUCAUUGGCCUGUGUCUGACCUUGCUGCUCCUCGCCAUCUUCAAGAAAGCACUCCCCGCUCUGCCCAUCUCCAUUUUUUUCGGCCUGGUCUUCUACUUCGCCACAGACAACUUGGUACGGCCCUUCAUGGACAAGCUGGCGCUACACCAGUUCUACAUUUAGCAGGAUGCUGCCCUGAUAACCCUCACCCACAUAGCUCUCCGGCCAACAACACGAGAGCGGUCCCUUUACAGCUGGGGAACAAAGGGCGAUGUAGGCGCCUCUCCUGCCCCCACAUCCCCUCCUAAGGACUCAUGAUGCUGGGACACAAGUUGUUUUUGUUCUGCCUUUCUUUCUGGCGCCAAGGGAGGGUAUUCCCCACCAACAGCUGUCCUUAAAUAUUUUAUUUUUAUUUUAAACCAAGAAGUGACAUUUCUCUAAUCUGAGGCAGUUCCGCUGCACCAGUCCGAGGGAAGAUCACUCGACUUGGGACCCCAUCAUCACAUUGUUUGUUGAUCACCGGUCUCAGGCAAAAUCCAAACUAGGAGAAGUUAGUGGGAAUAUUUUACCUUUAUUUAUCCAGGGAAGCAUUACAGGAGCUCGUCUGCUCUUUUUGUUUUCAGCAGCGCCCUGCUUCACAUCCACACACUUUCAUAUCUGAGAGCUGCCCAGUCCAACCACAGUAUCCUACUGUCGACCACUGAGCAGCUCUACUGGAGCAACUGGGGCUUCACAGCAGGUGCCUUGCUCAGGGACACCUUGACGGUAGCUGUUGAGGAACGUGAGACGGCUUCACUGAGUCUCCCUUCAAAGACUUAAAUCAAACAUCUUUCCAGUCGCAAGUCCAUUUUUAUGACUUGUGAGCUACCAGCGCCCCCCAAACUUAAUAGAAGAUUAAAAAGCCUUCAUCAAACUAGUGGACACUCUAUGAUGAUAUUGAUAAUAGAUUGGUAAAUGUGUAGUGUGAUUGUGUAUGAGCUGUCAGUCACCAGAGCGUGCUUUCCUCACCGCUGUCAAGAAUGGUUAGUUUUUUUUUCUUCCCCCACUUUAGACACGCUGAAGCUCUGAAGUCGGAGCGAGUGAAGCCCAGAAGGUUUUUUUUGCUGAACUGGAAGUUUUGAACAUGUUGAAACAUUUCUCGUCUCUAGAAUUUAAAAAAACAAAAACAAAAAAAAAAAACAGAGUGCUAUUGUGACACCAAAUCAUCAGAGAUUUCACCAUUCACCACAUUCUCAGCCCUUUAUUCUUACCUUAAGUCACAUUUAAACUCACAGCGGAGGCCUGAAGAGGUCAAACGGUCACACACUCACACUGACACAUUCACACCUGAGACUUGCCUGCCAUGUACUGUCAGCCACUGAGCAGUUCUGCUGGAGCAGUUGGAGGUUCAGUGCCUUGCUCAAGGGCAUUUCAGUAGUAGUUGUAGUCGUUGUCGUUAUUGUGGGACAGAAAUGUGCUUUUCAUUCUCUUCCCUGACAGAGAUUUAAGUUUAAGGUUGUUUUUUUUGUUUUUUUUUAAUCUGUCCAGGGAUCAUAACCUGUGAUCAUUUGGUCACAAACUCUGAACCUUUAGGCUAAACUGCCCCCAUGAUGCUCGCCUGGUGCUGUCUGGAACUAUGCUACAUCAAACACUAGAAUUAUUUCUACUAUACAUACACAGAUACUGUUGUGAUUUUUUUUUCAAGAUAUGCAGAAGAGAAACAUUGUACUUUUUGAAUCAUGGGAAUACGUGAUAACAGGGUUCCUACACAGAUCAGGAAAACUAACUUACUUUUUUUUUUUUUUUUUUUUUUUUUUUUUUAAUCAAAUU